AUGAGUAACACAAAAGGAAAGAGGAGAGGCACCAGACGUAUGUUCUCUAUGCCUUUUAGAAAACAUGGAGUGGUUCCUUUGGCAACAUAUAUGCGAAUCUACAAGAAAGGUGAUAUUGUACACAUUAAGGGAAUGGGCACUGUUAAAAAAGGAAUGCCUCACAAAUGUUACCAUGACAAAACUGGAAGAGUCUACAAUGUUACCCAGCAUGCUGUUGGCAUUGUGGUAAACAAACAAGUUAAGGGCAAGAUUCUUGCCAAGAGAAUUAAUGUGCGUAUUGAGCAUGUUAAGCAUUCUAAGAGCAGAGAUAGCUUCCUAAAACACAUGAAGGAAAAUGACCAGAAAAAGAAGGAAGCCAAAGAGAAAGAUACCUGGGUUCAACCAAAGCGCCAGCCUGCUCCACCUAGAGAAGUACACUUUGUGAGAACCAAUGGGAAGGAGCCUGAGCUACUGGAACCUAUUCCCUAUGAAUUCAUGGCAUGA